AUGGAACUUCCUGAUUGCCCCCCAGGGGCAGAGGGCUAUGAAGACUCCGUUACUGAAAUACCAAAAAAGCCCGAAGAUCCUUCAUGCACUAAGGCAGAGCUAGAGUUUCAAGAGCAUUUGAACAGUUUAAAGAUAAAACUCGAUGAUGGGAGCGUUCGGUGCAUGGUGGAGAGGCGCGGGCGAGACGUGUCGUCGAAUUGGAUAUACUUAUGCUACCCCUGCGCUGCGGUCUGCAGUGGCGAGAGUAUUUUGCAGACGCAUAUAUCGGGGAAGAAACAUAAAACCAAGCUAUCGAUGAAGACAGUAUGGCCGAUUAGUAUUUUUGAAGAGCACCCAUAUAUUUUAAAAGAGAAAGGUGUCAUCAAAACUGGAGCAACAGAGCAGAUCAAUCAAAAAAUGGCCGAGGAAGUAAUUCUCCACAACAAGGUAGCAAAUGAGCUGGAUGAGAAAUACAACAAGUACAGAGAUGUUGUUUGCCACAUCCAGGAAACACUGGACUCUGUGAAGGCCCCACUAGUGGGCGUGGAGUACUUGAUCGAACACCCGCCAGAGCAGGCACACUACGAGCCCUCCUACUUGUGCAUUCUUUGUUCCAAACAAGGCCAUCCUCGCACCAUUGUCAAUCAUUUGACUUGUUAUUGGCAUCGAUUGAAUUACCUCAUCCGUCACUUCAGGAAGGCUGCCGGCCUGCUGGGGCCAUACCGCGGCGCUUCGAAGUACCGCGACGGCGUGCACACUGUCGUCAACCGAUUGGCUCAGCGCAUCGACGACAAAUAUGGACGCCUCAAACCCGCAAACAUCGAAAAAGAAGAGUUUGAGAAGGAAAAAGAACGCAUUACUCAGUGGAUCUUUAAGGGCGUCCACUUUUCGGAACAGGAUGGUAACACUUUUGAGGAGAUCGUGGAUGUAGAUCUGAUCAAGUCCUUGUCCUCACAAGGUGGAGACGGCAAGAGUGGAGAGAGAAAUCCGUCUCCUCCUGUAGUGCCAGCACCUACUAAACCACAACCCAACAAUACUGGUCGCGGGGGCCGUCGGCAGCUGCGUCGCGCUAACUCCACGGAGUCGCUGUCGGACGUUAGCGACGAGGAAAUACAGCGUCCCUCGGACCACGCGCGACCCACCUAUAGAGGGAAAUAUGAACCGCUACGCAAGCCAUCCUAUGAACCUUACCCGGAUAAAAACGCCUCCUCAUUUCGUUCUCGUUAUGCGAUAAGAAAUGUUACUGAGAAGACCGUUGAUAAGGCGCCAAAACCGCAAAAUCAAACAUACAAGGAGAAACUAGCUGAAGAGAAGAAGCAGGCUUUAAUAGAAGCCGCUAAGAAGACUCUAGCUUACCACGAAAAGAAUCCGGAGAAACAUCCGCUGUAUCCUGAGGAGUGGAAGAAAUUCUGGAACAAACGCUACAAGGAAAUACAGGCUGAGGGCAAAGAUCCGGCAAAACAUGACUUCAAACCAGAGUGGAUAGCCUUCUGGACAAUCCGCAUGAAGGAGCUGCACGACGAGGAGUUGCGCGUUAAUGUCACGGAACUGUAUCGCAAAUUGUGUCUACCGAUGCCUGAGAUAACGAGCUUUUGCGAGGUGAAGAAGCGUUCCCCUGAGCCGCGCAGGUCUACUAGUGUCAAAAAGCGAUCCCCUAAUGCCAGAAGUCGCUCGCCUCUUGUUAAGCAGCGAUCUCCCGAUCCUAGAAGACGAUCACCUGACCCCAGAAGGCGAUCUCCUGACCCCAAAAGACGAUCGCCUGACCCCAGAAGACGAUCGCCUGACCUCAGAAGACGAUCACCUGACCCUAGAAGGCGAUCGCCAGACCCUAGAAGGCGAUCGCCAGACCCUAGGAAGCGAUCACCUGACCCUAGGAGGCGAUCGCCUGACCCUAGGAGGCGAUCUCCUGACCCUAGGAGGCGAUCGCCAGAUCCUAGAAGGCGCUCACCGGACCUCAGGAGGCGAUCUCCAGAUCCGAGAAGGCGAUCGCCCGAUCCCAGAAGACGCACGCCUGAUUACAAUAGACGUCAAUCACCGCUCAAGCGAAAAUCACCUCUUCUAAGGCAUAGGACCCCAGAAAGAAGGCGGACACCGCCUGAAUUUCAACGUGAUAAAAGGUCCCUAUCGCAUCGCCCCACUCCGGAGCGUUCCCACAACCCGCAUCGCUCCAGGAGCCCAAUUCAGAGACGCACGAGCCCGCUAUCCCAGCGCGCCGCAGCACGCAACAGCAGCCCGCACGCCACCGCGCCCUCCAUGCAGACCGUGCUCAUCUCCGACGACGAGCUCAAGCCUGACGACGGGCUUUCGCCGUGGAACUCUGACAACGAAAUCGAGUCGGUGGUAUCGGUGGCUGACAUACGUUCGCGUGGCGGUAGCGUGGCGUCGCACCGCUCCCGCUCGCGGCCUCGUCUGCACGCGCCGCACGCCGCGCACUCCGUGCACUCCACGCACGCCACCCGUUCUUCGCCCGCGCCGCACGACUACGGCUCCGCUGACAACGUGGUCGCCACUGUGCGACUUCUCGUCGCACUCGAAGACUAUCUCGGAAGCCUCGGGCCCAAGAUCAUUGACCUGCUCACCGAAGCACUCAAGAUGGAGAAGGAAAAAGCGAAUUCGUCAGAGGAACUACUUGAGCGCGAAAAUGUGGUGGCUUUACUAGAGACCGCUAAGGAGAAACUGAAAGGUGCAGUGCAAGCAGGGCUGGUUUCUGGUAGCGCGGCCAACGCGGUCCGUGCGGCCGUCGUCCGCGUGGCUGCCACGCUGCACGAGGCCGAUUUGCGCGCGAAGAGAGCGCAGAAGAGUGGCGGUGGCGGUGGCGGUGGGGGUGGUGUCGGUAGUGGUGGUGUCGGUAGUGGCGGCGGGCGCGCGACGCUGCCGGUGGCGGGCGUGGGCGCGGUGGAGCGCGCGGAGAUCGCGGCGCAGAUUGCGGCCGCGCUCGUGGCCGAGGGCCGCACCGACGUCUCGCCCGAGGAGCUGGCGCAGCUCGUCGACGCCGUCGUUGGAAUGGCUGAAGCAAAGAAACGUGAAGUACAGGCAAAAAAGCAGGCUGAAACCUUCAAUCCGGCUCCCAUUCCAGCUAAACCAAAGCCUGCUGAAGUCACUGGUACCGCAUCGGCUCUGCAGAUGCUGCAGUCGGCUUAUGAUGACAAAAACGCACCUGUACAAAAGGAAGACACCACGGAUGCUAUGGACGGGCUAUCAGACUCGGAUUUAGAAACCUUGCUGAAGAAUUUUAAUGAAUUGUCAGCUGAAGAGCAGCACAGCCUUAUCGCGUACCUCAAGAAAUUGGAGGUGCGCGAGCCUCAGCGAGUUGAGAAGCUGAGGCAAUUCGUGAGCGCAGCCGCCGUAAACGCAUACCCGCAGAAGGAACAAGAAAAGAACGAGCCUGUCGCCAUUGAAAGCGAUGAUGACGAUUACACUGUUGAAGAAGUGUUCAAGUCUGCAACACAGAAGGUGAAAGAAAAUCAAAUUCAGCAGGAAAUGGAAAUCGUUAAAAAGUCAUUGGAAGAAACAAAGUCGGUUGAAGAAGACCCAGUAAUGGAAGUAGAACCCAUGCAAGUGGACCCAAGUAUAAACAUUAUGAAGAAUAUAUCAUCAGCCGCCGACCUUUUAGCGUUGGUUCAGGCUUCGAUACAAUCAACUUCGCAGUCUAAGCCAACUCAAAGUAGUCAAGCGGCAGAAGUAGUAACUAGCAACAGUCUGCCCAGGUUGUUUGGAGAUAAGCCAGAUCCGCCCGCUGUAAAUGUGGAACCUGUAAAACCUCUCAUAUCCCAUGUGGCGCCGAAUCAAAUGGCACUAGAACAACCUGCCGUAUAUCAAAACCAGCAACCACUUUACAACAACCAAGGUGGUUUGCUCCGAACACCUCAAAACCAAACUAACUUUGGAGAUAAUAGAAACAAUCGCAAUGAGAUGUACAAUCAGAACAUGAACCAAAACAUGCAAAAUCACGAUAGAACCCCUAUAAUGCAUAACAGACAACCUUUAAUGUCAGAUAAUAUACGGCCUUUAAUUUCUGACAAUAGGCAGCCGCCAGUAUCGGAUAAUUUAAGGCCUCUAAUGGCCGACAAUAGGCAGUAUCCAAUGACGGAUAACAGAAGAACUUUAUUAGGUGAUAAUAGACAGCCACAAAUUUCAGAAAAUAUACGACCUUUAAUGGGUGAUAAUAGGCAGUCGCAAAUGUCAGAUAAGAGACAGUCUUUAAUGGGUGACAAUAGGCAACCUCAAAUGUCAGAUAAUAUACGGCCUUUAAUGGGCGACAACAGACAGCCGCAAAUGUCAGGAAAUAUACGGCCUUUAAUGGGCGGCAACAGCCAGCCGCAAAUUUCAGAAAAUAUACGACCUUUAAUGGGCGACAAUAGGCAGUCGCAAAUGUCAGAUAAUAGAGGGCCUUUACUGGGCGACAAUAGGCAACCUCAAAUGUCAGGAAAUAUACGGCCUUUAAUGGGCGACAACAGGCAGUCGCAAAUGUCAGAAAAUAUACGACCUUUAAUGGGCGACAAUAGGCAGUCGCAAAUGUCAGAUAAUAGAGGGCCUUUACUGGGCGACAAUAGGCAACCUCAAAUGUCAGGAAAUAUACGAUCAUUAGUGCCUGACAAUAGGCAGCCUUUCAUGUCCGAUAAUAGACCGCCAUUGCUGUCAGACAACAGACAGCCUUUUAUGAAUGAUAAUACACAGCCACUGAUGUCAGAUAACAGGCAACCUUUUGGAGGAGAUAGCAGAGGAGAACCAAUGAGAACAGGCCACGAUAAUUACAACCAAGGAAAUUCGUAUAAUCAAGGUGCACGAAACAAUUUCAGAAAUGGUCGUGUGCAAGAUAAUUACAAUCCACAUGCGAAUGAAAUGAACCAGCCACAACAGUAUGGUAACUACAAUCAGAACUCGAAUACAAACUUCCGAGGCCGAGGGAGAGGUAACUUCGGUGGUGGGAGAGGCCGUGGUAGAGGUAGAAAGUAA